AGACUGAACAGGUGUCACAUCUUUACCUGGGAUCCUGAUAAGAGCAUCAGAGCCACCUGGGAGCCACACCUGAGAAUAAACUAACACAGGAUCUUCAUUUCAAGGAGCUGCACAUCUUUUUGCUUCUCAACCCAAUUUCACCCAUCACUGGAAAUAAAGACAUCUACAGGUAUGGACAACAGACUGGUCCUUGUCGUCCUGUUUGUGACGCUGUCCUGGGUAUCUGUGGGCACCUACGCUCAGACCACUGCAGCGCCAAACAUGACCACAGCAUCAGAAAGCAACAUGACAACAGCGGUGGGAAACAACAUGACAAGUGCGAUGGCAACAAACACUUCGACAGCAGCGGGAGACAAUGUGACAAGUGCGAUGGCAACAAAUAUGACGACAGUGGCAGGAAACAACAUGACAAGUGGGCCCAAUGCGACGAUGGCAACAAACAUGACAACAGCAGCGGGAAACAAUACCAACAACACAUCGGCAUCACUUGCCACAGCACCUGCCACCACAACAACUGCCACCACAACAACUACCACUACAACAACUACCACUACAACAACUACCACCGUCACCACAGUGGGAAUUCUUGAGUCAUCUGUUUCUAACUCAGAUUGUGGGACCGGCAAGCUCUGUGCGGCUGAGCCUGCUUCGUGCAACCCUUCUGUAGCAGGAUCAUGUUUCUUUCUUUCUGCUAAGCAGAACAAUGGUCAAACCUUUGACUUUGAGCUCUCAGGAGAGUCAGGCGGCUAUCUUGCUGCCACCCUGUCAACCGACGGCACACUGGGAGGCAACGACACAACCUACGUCUGUGCAAACAACAAUGGUGCUGUUAAGUUCUUUGGCGCUCUCCUCAACAAUAACCAGCUGACAAUGACAAAGCUGAACGUGACCACUGUGAGGGGCAGCAUCAGUGGUAACAGAAUCCAGUGUACAUUUGCUGCCACUGUACCAACCACACUUACAAGAGCAGCAAAUUUCGCAGUCGGAAUUUCCACUGGACCUUUUAACAGCACUUCUGGUACUCUGGGAACCCCAGAAUUCAAGUUAAGGAGCCCUAUUAUCAACCUGCAAAGUACUAACAGCACCGUCACCAAUGAGCUUGCCAACCACGCUAUUACAUUCCAACUAUCACUGAUGCAAGCUCUGCUGAUCAGUGUGGGUGUGCUGGGUCUGUCUAUGCAAUAAGGAAGCUGAAACCCCCAUGAGACAUCAAGACAAGAAAACCAUACCUUCCCUAUUCAUAUACAUGUGCUACUAAAUAUAUUGUUAAAUAUCUCACAGAAGGUUUACGAUGCACAGUGCAGCCCCAGAUUAUUCUGAUCAUGCUUAAUUUUCUAUCAACUUACUGCAGGUGAAAGUAGGAAUGGUGCAGGGUGCUGACUCUUCUACAGCCUUCUGCAGACUACUUUCCCAUCUGGUAUCCCCUCUAAAACAAAGUGUGUGGAAUUUAAUGUUACAUGUAAUACAAUUUGGUGGGAUGGGACUGCUGGAUUUCUGUCCUACAAUUUAUUUAAUUACAAAUUGCAAAUACCCCCAGGUGUAAGUCGAUUUUUUAAUGAUCAUUACAAUUAGAACCAUUAAGAGUAAUCAAACAUCAUAUACAAAUAACAUACAAAUUUUGGGUUUAGGGUCUGGUUACCCUUUAAAGCCCACAUUAUUACUGUCAGGCAGAAACCUCAGUGACUUUCUUUCUAUUAACUAUACUAUUAUUUUGGUAUCCCUCUGAACAUGCCUUUAUGAAGAACCAUAAUAAUUUUGCACAACACAAGCAAAAAACUUUUUUUCCUCUCCUGUCACUCAUAAUGAUGCCAGGAAAUGGCAGACGUGUCUUAUUAUUAUUAUCAUUAUUAUUUUUAUUCUCUUUGGUGUGAAUGUACAUAUUGUUGAUCAUUCAACAAUGUUUUUACAAUGAAGCCUGCAUUGGUUGAUAUUUUCAUGCGUGCAUGUAUGAGCAAGUACACAUGCAAAUGAGCAGUUGCUGAAAAAAAGCAGCUAUACAUAUAUGAUACCAAAUAUUGGUGAACCUGAUUUUGCACAUUGCAUUAUGUAACAAUUGAGUUUUUAUUACAUAUUUUUGAAAUAAAUAUUUUACUCAAGCUGA